AUGCCCGCAACCUCAAUUGCCCCCUGGAUCAUUACCAUCAGUUUCUUCUCUCCUUGCAGGGAAAAUAUAUAUUUUAUUCAGGAGAUGAGCAAGGCUUUCAGCAUCGACCGCUUGCUUGAUAGCCCUGAGCGGAAGAUCGCACAGUCCUUACCCUUCUCGCAAACACUUCUCACCAGCUCUCCGAUAGAAGCCCAGAGGAGUCCGACUGAUGGGGCUCCCAGCAUCAAAUCCGAAAUCCCUAGUAUAGGCGGAAGCAGCAGUAGCAGUCCGCCAGCAAACGAUGCAAUGUGUUGCCUACCACUAGAGGGCGCAUCCCCUCCGCUCAUUUCAGUAUCCCCAUUGGCUUAUCUACACUACCUUCGCUUCUUGAGCGCUCAGCUAGGGGAUAUGGCACCAACCAUGGGGGUCUUCAACGAACUUUUCACGCACGGUGGUGACGCCACCGAGCAGCCUAAAAGUCUGCCGUUGGAAGUCCUCGCGAAACCAGCCGUGGUGGACUACACUAGUCACCACCACCACGGGCUUACCUCGCCUCUUCCUCACUCGCUUUCCUCCACAGAAGACGCGUACUCCGAGAAGUGUUCAGUUCUCCAGGCACCCAAAAUGGACAUAGGUGAUUUUCUCUCGAGGGGCGAUCAGGCUUCCCAAGACGGCAGUGUGGACGAUCCGACGGACUUUUACGUGCGUUGCAACCGUCCCCGGCGUUCGAGAACCACCUUCACCACCCUGCAGCUACAUGUGCUUGAGGCAGCAUUCAGUAUCAACCAUUAUCCCGAUGUGACUAUGCGGGAUCAGUUGGCCAGCCAAUUAAAACUCUCCGAUGGCCGCGUCCAACUCCACGCCUAUCGGUUAUUUUGCCUGAUUCAUCGCAGACCAGGGGCCUAA